AUGGAACAAAGGAAGGAGGUUGAGAUAUACGAGUAUAGAAAAANCGCCCACAGCGUGUACGGUGCCGGCGCCUACGGUCACGGUGUAUCUUCCGUCUACGGUGCUCACGCUGGCUUGGGUCUCUCUCACGGCCAUCUCCUGAAGAAGCGUUCUCUUGCUCACGUCUACGCUCCCGUUGCCCACGUUGCUCACAUUGCUCCCUCCGCCGUGUCGCAUCAGUCUCGCGUUGACGUGAUCUCGAAACCCGCCGUGGUGUCCGAGGUCGUGUCUGCCCCCGUGGCCGUCGCUCACGCCGUCCCCUCCGUGUCCUACGCUCACGUGGCGCCCCUCGCGCACUCCGCCGUCUGGACCGCCCCCGCUGCGCAUCUUUCCCAUUCUGGACUCUUCCAUUCCGCCCUUUGGUGAACAACGAUUCGACGAACGAUGUAGUUUUCGUUUUAAUAGUUUAUUUUAUUAAAAUGAAUAGACAAAUAUAGACCAAUUUUACAAAUUUA